AUGAUUCAACUUGUGAAUGACGUCAGAGCUCUUCCCCUCAAGACGUCAGAGCUCAAGCCUAUACAUUUUCCUUCUACAUUUGCCCCUCUCUUCCCCUCCCCCUCAGUGCGCGACAAGAAGUACAACCAGGCGUCGCUCACUACUGAGGAACUCCUUAGGGCGGAUAUAGUGCAGCAUGCCAUGGGACCCGGUGUGCGCGGCAAGAAGGGUGGCGAGGUGCUGAAUGUGGCGAUAUCGAAUGUGGGAAGCUCGACAUCGCAGCUGGUCAACAAGGACGCCAAAUUUGAGGAGAUUCUCAAGCAGUUCCUCUCCACUCGCUCGCUGCACCUGCUGGUCAUCCUCUCUACAUACUACUCCGAAACCAGCAAACGCUUCAAGAGGGAGCUGGUGCUGGCGACUCCUCUCACCUCGCUCUCCUCGGGCCUCUCCUUCUUCCUCCAGAAGGAAUCGCACGACCUGCGCCUGCGACCAGUCACCAUCCGAGCCUAUCUCCUCGCUCUCCUCUCUCCGCGCUCUCCUCUCUCCUCGCUCUCCUCUCUCCUCGCUCUCCUCUCUCCUCCCUCUCCUCUCUCCUCCCUCUCCUCUCUCCUCCCUCUCCUCUCUCCUCCAUCUCCUCUCUCCUCGCUCUCCUCUCUCCUCCCUCUCCUCUCUCCUCCCUCUCCUCUCUCCUCCCUCUCCUCUCUCCUCCCUCUCCUCUCUCCUCCCUCUCCUCUCUCCUCCCUCUCCUCUCUCCUCCCUCUCCUCUCUCCUCCCUCUCCUCUCUCCUCCCUCUCCUCUCUCCUCCCUCUCCUCUCUCCUCCCUCUCCUCUCUCCUCGCUCUCCUCUCUCCUCGCUCUCCUCUCUCCUCCCUCUCCUCUCUCCUCCCUCUCCUCUCUCCUCGCUCUCCUCUCUCCUCGCUCUCCUCUCUCCUCCCUCUCCUCUCUCCUCCCUCUCCUCUCUCCUCCCUCUCCUCUCUCCUCCCUCUCCUCUCUCCUCGCUCUCCUCUCUCCUCCCUCUCCUCUCUCCUCCCUCUCCUCUCUCCUCCCUCUCCUCUCUCCUCCCUCUCCUCUCUCCUCCCUCUCCUCUCUCCUCCAUCUCCUCUCUCCUCGCUCUCCUCUCUCCUCGCUCUCCUCUCUCCUCCCUCUCCUCUCUCCUCGCUCUCCUCUCUCCUCGCUCUCCUCUCUCCUCCCUCUCCUCUCUCCUCCCUCUCCUCUCUCCUCCCUCUCCUCUCUCCUCCCUCUCCUCUCUCCUCGCUCUCCUCUCUCCUCGCUCUCCUCUCUCCUCCCUCUCCUCUCUCCUCCCUCUCCUCUCUCCUCCCUCUCCUCUCUCCUCGCUCUCCUCUCUCCUCCCUCUCCUCUCUCCUCCCUCUCCUCUCUCCUCCCUCUCCUCUCUCCUCGCUCUCCUCUCUCCUCGCUCUCCUCUCUCCUCCCUCUCCUCUCUCCUCCGUCUCCUCGGGCCUCUCCUUCUUCCUCCAGAAGGAAACGCACGACCUGCGCCUGGGACCAGUCACCAUUCGAGGUGAGUGUGAGCACUGUAUGA